CUUAUGGAAUUUUAGGAAAAAAAGAUGGACCAACCUAGUGGAAGAAGUUUUAUGCAAGUAUUAUGUGAAAAAUAUAGUCCUGAAAACUUCCCUUACCGUCGUGGGCCUGGGAUGGGGAUCCAUGUCCCAGCCACACCUCAGGGCUCUCCUAUGAAAGAUCGCCUCAACCUCCCAAGUGUACUAGUGUUGAACAGCUGUGGAAUUACCUGUGCAGGAGAUGAGAGAGAAAUUGCUGCCUUCUGUGCUCAUGUGUCGGAACUAGAUCUUUCUGAUAACAAACUCGAAGACUGGCAUGAGGUCAGUAAAAUUGUGUCAAAUGUUCCUCAGUUGGAGUUUCUAAACCUGAGUUCCAACCCUCUGAAUUUGUCGGUUUUAGAAAGAACAUGUGCUGGGUCCUUCUCUGGGGUUCGAAAACUUGUCCUGAACAACAGCAAAACUUCCUGGGAGACAGUCCACACGCUACUACAGGAGUUACCAGAUUUGGAGGAGCUUUUCCUGUGCCUUAACGACUAUGAAACAGUGUCUUGUUCUUCUACUUGCUGUCAUUCUCUUAAGCUCCUACAUAUAACAGACAACAACCUGCAGGACUGGACUGAAAUCCGGAAGUUAGGAGUUAUGUUUCCUUCCUUGGACACCCUCGUGCUGGCCAACAAUCACUUGAAUGCUAUUGAGGAGCCAAAUGAUUCCCUGGCCAGGUUGUUUCCUAAUCUGCGAUCCAUCAGCCUCCAUAAGUCAGGUUUGCAAUCCUGGGAAGACAUUGACAAAUUAAAUUCAUUCCCCAAACUUGAAGAAGUGAGAUUGCUAGGAAUUCCUCUCCUGCAGCCGUACACCACUGAGGAGCGGAGGAAGCUGGUAAUAGCCAGAUUGCCGUCAGUUUCCAAACUUAAUGGCAGUGUAGUUACCGAUGGUGAACGAGAAGAUUCUGAGAGGUUCUUUAUUCGUUACUAUGUGGAUGUUCCACAGGAAGAAGUGCCAUUCAGAUAUCAUGAACUGAUCACAAAAUAUGGGAAGUUGGAGCCUCUGGCAGAAGUGGACCUACGACCCCAGAGCAGUGCAAAAGUGGAGGUGCACUUUAACGAUCACGUGGAGGAAAUGAGCAUUCGUCUGGACCAAACAGUUGCUGAACUAAAGAAACAAUUGAAAAGUCUAGUGCAGUUACCCACAAGCAGCAUGCUUCUCUACUACUUUGACCACGAAGCUCCCUUUGGCCCAGAAGAAAUGAAGUACAGCUCCCGGGCAUUACAUUCCUUUGGCAUUAGAGAUGGAGAUAAAAUUUACGUGGAAUCCAAAACAAAAUAACCUCUACCAGCCUUGUAAAAACACGCAUAUGGACUUUUCGCAGGGCACUUGUUUCCAAUGUGGUUUUCUUUAGGAGGGAAAAUGUUAUUUUUGUUUUGUUUUGCUUUGAGAGGGGUUUUAUAUCUUUUUCCCCUUAGAAUGGGUAAGGGGUUGUUUUGGGUAUUUUCUACCACAGAUUUCUUCUGCUCAGCCAGCAGACCUGGCUGUAUCUCCAGUCCGUGCAUCCUUUCUCAUGGACGAGGACAAAGAGAUCACCGGUUGCACGCUGCACUCACGGGUUUGUCUGUCACUUGGUUAUCGUGGCAGUUUAGAUGUCCUUGUGCAGAUGGCGUGAACCAGGUCCCCUCAGAAGGGCCGUGUCUGCUUCAGAGGUAGCUUACAGUAUUCACACGUCGGCAAGAGCGUGUCCCAGUUAGAAGGGUACAUGAGGAGCUCCACAGCAAAGACCAGUCCCCCUACCCUGUUCUUCCUUUCCCCCCUUCCCUCCUUUCCUUCCCUUGGACUAUCAACAUAUACUUACCUAAUAGUUUUAAUCUGUUCUUAAUUAACUGGUUUUUUUCCCUCAAUUUGGGUUUUUUCCUCUCAUUUCUCCCUUUUAAGAUUUAAGCAUUUUCAGCCUGACUCUGAUCUCAGGUAUCAGUAAGAACCUAUGACUGUUAGGAUCUUAAGGAAGGGUAUGUGGAGUGUUAAGACUCCAGGUAAACUUUCAGCCAUUCUGGAAGCACGGGCAGAGUAGUUGGCUCUCUCAUAUGCUAUGAUCUCACUGUCAACCACCCUCAGCAUUAUGUUCACCAUUAUUUCCAAAAUAUGAAAUGUGUCAGGUUCCAGGUUUCUUUUAUUUCUACGUAUGAAUUCAUUUCCUCACAUCUUUCAUUUUUAUUACUUUAAGCUAUUGGGAAUAAAAGCCUGACUAUGAGGAAUCAAAUAGAAUCCACGGCCAGGAGAGCAGAGGGUCAGCUAAUGAACUGUCCGUGGUGUGCAUGAAGGGGUGACGUGGGAGACUGGAGAAAGGGCUUUCCCGCCCCUGCCUGUGCCAUCCAUCCAAUGCCCUUGCUUUUGCUUGCACUUUGCAAAAAGUGAGUGGGAAACUUUAAUCAAAGGUAACUUUGAUUCCCAGUUCUUCUGUGAGGUUUUGUGAUGUCAUAAUUGCACAGUUCUUUUGUCUUAAUUUAGUUACUCUUAUAGAAAACAACUCUGCCUACAAUCUAUGAGUAAAGUUCAAGUGUCAAAACCUCCAAAUUGCCUCCAAGUCAUAUUUUUUGCAGAAGCACAUUUGAAGUACUUUUCCUUUAAAAGCUAGACCCUUGCCUACUCUGACACCUUUUUUGUUUGCAUUCCUAUCCCUUUAUUAAUCAGUUGGAAUCAGUGUGUAUCUUUCUUUGUCCUCCAUGUUUACAAGUAUGAGACAAGAAAUACUUAGCUUUCUGCAGGUGGAAAGUAGGCAGGGAAAGUAUUCUUUGGAGAAUGCAGCUGUUCUCUGGUUGCAUCUGACCUUUUGACCUUUGUUACUUAACUCCUCCAAAUUUCAUUUCUUAUGAAAUUUUUCCUUCGUGUAUAGGUAUUGUGUUUAUUAUUGCUACUUUAAAUGUUUUCCUCUGCCACGUGGCAGAUGUUUAUUCUCUUGAUGCACUUCAGGUUCAGCAUCUGUAAAGCCUUUGGCUCAGGCCUACUGAGCAGAUCUGCACUUACUGGGCCCCUACAGGUGGAAGCCAAAGGGUUUGAGGUAGAUGAACAGGGCCUACUCUCCGCUGCUACAGACUUUAGCUUUCAAAAUCAUAAAGAUGAGCCAUGGAGAUCCAGCCUGGUAGAGAAAAGAACAAUUAUUUUGUAGUCACAUUUUCCUGACAGAUUUUUGGAAAUAGAGGGGGAAAGAAGUCUAGCAACAAUGUCACAAAGAUUAAAACUGUGGGUGCUUUGUGUAUGUGCGCUUAAGUGCAGAUGAGUUUGAGAGAGCAGUGUAACUGAGCCGGGUGCUUUUGUCAGCCUGGGAGACAGUUGGAUGCAUUCUUAUUUUUUUGGAGUUGUAGGACCCCCCGCUUUCCCCAGCAGAAGGCAGAGUGAAGAGUGAACACCUACACUUCAGUCACAAGUGGAAUGGUCAUAAUGAGAUAUUUUAUAUAAGAGUUUUAUGAACUGCGUUUUUACUAUCAGAGACUGUUUCUUCCCUUAUUACAGGGCACGGUGUUUAUCAACUGCAGGCAUAAUUUCUUUUCGUAUAUGGCUGCAUGUCAAGGGAACUUCUCUAAGUCAGCUGAUGUGGGUAUUUUUAAGGCAUUGUAACUAAUGGUUUUAAUGAUUGCUGAAAUUUUUUUUAUUAGAAAAAUGAAUACAAUUACUGGUGUUUUAGAGUUACCGAACAGAAGUAAAUGAGAAAAGCUUUUUGAGCAUGUGUACUUACAGACUCACUUGGGUGGCUAAAGAAAGAUGCAGAUUUUUUUUUUUAAAUUGGUGCUGUGUAGAUGCUUGUAACCAAACUAUUUUUAUAACAGGCCCAGAAGGAGGAAAGAAGAGAUGAUGGACCUUCAAGUCCCCAAGACUUGUGUAAUGGGUUGUCGGUGGCUUAUCCAUACUUUAAUAUUAAUUUCCUCCAGAUUGAGUGGGAGCAAAUUAUUGACAUUUAUGAGGCAAAGUGCUGUCCUGGCCAGUAUUACAGAUAGGCUGUUCCAGGUACAACAUAUUAUUUUAUUCUUAUAACUCUGUUAUAAGAAAGGAAGGGAUGAGCACUUUGA